AUGAUUAAUUAUUUUAACGAUUAUGCAAAUCUGUGUUUUGAGAAGUUUGGUGACCGUGUGAAACACUGGAUUACAUUCAGCAAUCCUUGGGCAGUGGCUGAGCAGGGCUAUGAAACAGGAGAGCACGCGCCAGGACUGAAGCUCGGCGGCUGCGGUGCCUACAAGGCUGCUCAUCACAUCAUUAAAACCCAUGCCAAGGUUUGGCACUCCUACAACAGCACCUGGCGCAGGGAGCAGAGAGGGAUGGUUGGGAUUUCCCUAACGAGUGCCUGGGGGGAACCUGUUGAUCCACACAGCCAGACAGACAGAGAUGCUGCUGAGAGGUACAUCCAGUUCCACCUGGGAUGGUUUGCAAACCCCAUUUACAGAGGGGACUACCCAGAGGUUAUGAAGAAUUAUGUAGGUAGGAAGAGUGCCCAGCAGGGCCUGGGGACAUCAAGAUUACCAACUUUCUCAGUGCAAGAGAAAACCUAUAUUAAAGGCACCUCGGAUUUCCUGGGAAUUGGUCAUUUUACCACUCGUUAUGUUCUGCAGAAGAGCUUUCCCUUCCUCCAAGUGUCCAGUUACCACACUGACCCUGACCUGGCUGAACUGGUGGACCCCAACUGGCCAGCUCCAGGCCCUAAGUGGCUCUACUCUGUGCCCUGGGGCUUCAGAAGGUUGCUCAACUUCAUCAAGACCCAGUAUGGGAACCCCCUGAUUUAUGUGACAGAGAAUGGAGUGUCUGAAACAAUGCAGUGCUCUCAGCUGUGUGACGAGUGGAGGAUCCAGUACCUGAAGGGAUACAUCAAUGAGAUUCUCAAAGCUCUAAAUGAUGGUGUAAAUGUCAAAGGUUACACUGCCUGGUCACUGCUGGAUAAAUUUGAAUGGAACAAAGGCUUCUCUGAAAGAUUUGGGCUUUACCACAUUGACUUCAAAAACAAGAACAAACCACGGUACCCAAAGGCAUCUGUUGACUACUAUAAAAAGAUUAUCAGUGCAAAUGGAUUCCCCAAUCCAAGAGAGGUGGAGAGCUGGCACCGCCAGGCCAUGGGCACCUGCUCUGCCACACACCAACACCUUGCUGCAGAUUCCCUGAUUACUCACAUGGAAAUGGUGACAGAGAUUGUUCUUCCUACAGUUUUCACACUCUGCAUUCUCAUCAGUAUUGUCCUCCUCAUAUUCUACCUUCGAAACCACAGCUAGAACUGAUGUUUGCACACAUCCUCAUUUGCCAAAAGAACUAAGCUGCAGCUCCUUCAUUUGAGUAGUUAAAAUUCACCACAGAUGCUUCUUUUUAUACC